AUGGCGAUGAAGGAAGAUUGCUGUGACAUACAACUCAUCGACAGCAGCGGCAUAUUCAAAGCUGCUGGGUUCGACCACUUCGCAAAGAAAGUGAAGCUUGCUGACUAUGGGCUCUCCUAUGCCGUCGUUGCCAUCAUGGGUCCUCAGAGUAGCGGAAAGAGCACUUUAAUGAACCAUCUCUUCCACACUAACUUCAGGGAGAUGAAUGCAUACCAGGGAAGGAACCAAACAACCAAGGGUGUUUGGCUAGCCAAAUGUGUUGGCAUUCAGCCUUGCACCAUCGCCAUGGAUUUGGAGGGUACUGAUGGCAGCGAGAGAGGCCAGGAUGAUACUGCAUUCGAGAAGCAAAGCGCCCUAUUUGCGCUUGCAAUUUCGGACGUUGUGAUAAUAAAUAUGUGGUGCACCGAUAUUGGUAGAGAGAACGCUGCCAACAAACCUUUACUAAGAACCGUUUUUGAGGUGAUGAUGCGCAUAUUCAGCCCUCAUAAAAGGACCUUACUGUUCGUCAUACGCGAUAAAUCAGAGACCCCGUUUGAAUUGCUGAAGAAUAAUCUAGAGAAAGAUAUGCACAAGAUAUGGGAUGGAGUUCCGAAGCCACAAGCCCAUGAAAGUACCUUGCUCAAUGACAUUUUUAACGUACAAGUAGUUGCUUUGUCCCAUUAUAAGCAUCAAAAGGAGAAAUUUAUGGAGGAGGUUGGUCAACUGAGGCAACGAUUCCCUAGCUAUAUUUCUCAAGGAGGCCUUGCUAAUAGUGAUAGAAUUCCAGCCUCAGCAUUUUCUCAUAGUGCACAGGACAUAUGGAAUGAAAUCAAACAGAACAGGGACCUGGAUCUUCCUAAUCACAAGGUUAUGGUUGCCACCGUUCGGUGUGGAGAGAUUGCCGAUGAGAUAUUCAAGCAGCUGAUGGAAAACAAGGAUUGGUUGGCAUGGAUAGAAGCUGCUAAAACUAGUCCGGUACCAGGUUUUGGUGAAAAGCUUACCUCAAUUCUAAACACCUAUCUUUCUGCAUAUGACAAGGAGACCAUGUACUUCGACGAAGGUGUAAGGAACAAAACAAAGAAACUGCUGCUGGAGUUGAAAGCAUUGGAUUCUGUCCAUGCUACCUACACUACCAUGCUUGGACACCUAUGUUCUAAAAUACUUGAAGAGUUCAGAGUGAGACUGGACAAGUCCUUAAAAGAAGGAUCAUUUGAUUCAUCUGUUAGCGCAUCAUGUAUUGAGUCUUCCGUGCGUGAGUUUGACCAAUGGUGUAAAGAUGCCACUAUACAGAAUGCAAAUUGGGAUACUUCAAGCAUUCGAAAAAAACUUGUUUGUGAUAUAGAUGCACAUGCAUUACGUGUUCAUGAUGUAAAGUUAUCGGAGUUGAAAGAUAAGUGUGAGAAACAACUUUCUACAUCUUUAACAAAACAGGUUGAGGCUCUUCUUGAAGAUGGUGGAGAAGACGUCUGGGCUUCAAUAAGAUCCAUUCUUCAUGAUCAGACUAAAAAGGCGGUAUCAACGUUGUCAACUGAAAUAGUUGCUUUUAAUGUGGACAACGAAUCAAUUGCCAAAAUGGAACAAGACUUAAGGGCCCAUGCAAGAAAUGUGGUGGAGAAAAUAGUAAGAGACAAGACUGAGGAUCAAAUUUUGGAGCUCAUGAAACACCGGUUUGAAAUAGUCUUCCGAGCUGCUACCGAGGUUAAUGAAAGUGAGAAAAAUCCUAGGACAAAAAAGAAAGUAAAUAAAGCUGCUAUCAAGGACGCCUGCUCUGCUUCUCUCAAUGUUUUAUUGGUUAUGGCUGCCAUUCGCUUGGAUAAUGAUGUGACGCUCAAUAAAAUUGAAAAAAGUAUGGCUGACAUUCGCUUGGAUAAUGAUGGGACGCCCAAUAAUAUUGAAAAAAGUCUCUACAAAGGAUACCUUAAUUACACCAGUGCGGUGCAAGUCGUUGUGGGAAAAGUUCAUAGAGAUUCUACCUACUUUAGUGCCGGUAUAUUUUAUGAUGUCUCUUUUCUCUCUUAG